UUAAAAAGAAUUGUAAAUAUGAUGGAUCAAGGAAAGAUCAUCUCAUGCCAUUUCAUCUACUCAUUUUUCCUUUUUUUCCUUUUUAAUGUGCAUAUUACCGGUUUGAAUGCGCAUAAUGUGAGCAAAGAAAUUCCAUCCCGAGAUGACUUCCCCGCUGACUUUAUUUUUGGAGUUUCUACUGCUGCAUACCAGAAUGAAGGGGCAACCAAAGAAGGAGGUAGAGGAAAAACUAUUUGGGAUACUUAUGUCGAGCAAAAUAUAGAUAAGAUACCAGGACGUGCCACCGCAGAUGUGGCCGUUGAUUCUUAUCAUCGCUACAAGGAAGAUGUAAAGCUAAUCAAAGAAAUGGGUAUGGACAGUUAUAGGUUCUCCAUCGCUUGGUCCAGAAUUUUACCAAGGGGACAUUUGAGUAAAGGAGUGAACAAACGAGGAGUCGCUUAUUACAACAAUCUCAUUAAUGAGCUCUUAUCCCAUGGUAUUCAGCCAUUUGUGACACUGCUUCAUUUUGAUCUUCCACAACCCCUCGAAGAUGAAUAUGGUGGUUUCUUGAGUUCUCAGCUUGUCAAUGAUUUCAAGGAUUAUGCAGAGGUGUGCUUUAAAGAAUUUGGCGAUAGAGUCAAGCAUUGGAUCACAUUUAAUGAGCCUUGGACCUUUAUUUACUUGGGUUAUGACUUGGCGGGAUUAGCAGCACCAGGUCGAUUCUCAAACCGACAUCUUUGCAAAUAUGGAAAUUCAGGGGUUGAGCCUUAUGUUGUCGGGCACAACCUACUUCUUGCACAUUCUGCUGCUGCAAAUCUUUACAAGGAAAAAUAUCAAGCAUCUCAAAGAGGUAAAGUUGGAAUUACGCUUAACACUGACUGGAUGGUUCCUGCCUCUACGAAAGAAGAAGACGUUUUAGCUACAAAGAGAGCACUAGAUUUCUCCUUAGGAUUCUUUUUAAAACCUCUAGUCCAUGGACAUUAUCCACAAAACAUGAUAGAAAUAUUAAAAGAUCGCCUACCGGUAUUUACAUAUGACCAGUAUCUGAAAAUCAAAGGAUCAUUUGAUUUCAUUGGAUUGAAUUACUACACCACAAGUUGUAUUUCUAAUGAUCCACCAACAAAUGCUACAGAAAUAAGUUACUCUGACGAUCCUCAAGCUAAGAAAGGAACUGCGCGGAACGGGGUUGUCAUUGGUCCUACGGCUGUUUUACCAUGGCUAAACGUAUACCCACCAAGGAUCAAAGAGAUACUCAUUUAUAUAAAAGAGCAAUACAAAAGUCCAAUUAUAUACAUUACGGAGAACGGGUAUCCAACUGACUUUACAGAAUUAUUUGAAGAAUCGAUAAGAGAUUCUAAGAGGGUUAACUACCACAUUCAACAUCUUUAUCACCUUCAACAACCCAUUAAGGAGGGUGUUGAUGUAAAAGGUUAUUUUGCAUGGACAUUGAUGGACAACUAUGAGUGGGCAAGUGGAUACUCGGUUGCGUUUGGUUUGUACCAUGUAGACAGGAAAGAUGGAUUGAAGAGAUACCCUAAAGACUCCUCCAGAUGGUUCAAGAACUUCCUCCACCCAACAAAUGGAUUGAAGCGAUAUUAUUCUCAUGCUCAAGAAUUUUAACGAAGUCUCUGUUAAAAUUCCAACAACAAAUUGUUGGAAUCUUGCAACAAGAAAAUAUAUACUAGUUAGAUGUAAAGGACUGGACCAAAAAUAGCUCUAUCACAAACAACUUGACGAGUGCAGAAUCAUAGGUUCAACAAGUUGUUCUUAACACAUUAGUUCGCGGGUAUACUCGAGACGGGUAAUGUUAAUCCCCUCACAGCGAAGAUGUGUCCAGGAUAAGACUGUCCGAUAUAGCUAGUGUUAGCACAACGCAAGCUAUCCAAACUUAAACUUAGGAACAUGGAUGGAAGUAAAUGUAUGGAGAAACCCUAGCAUGAAAGAAGAAUUUUCGGUUGUUUUGAAAACAAAUUUUCGAGUUGUAUUUAAAGGAGAUGAUACUUGCAAACGAAAUUAGGUAUUUGUUUUCUUUAAAAACAAGUUGAACACGUAAAAAGAACUUUUCCAUAAAUAAAACUCUUAAGAAAAUAUUUUUAGAA